AUGGCACAUAUAUCUUAUCCGUUUAAAAAAACUAAUAAAGCAGUUUUCCAAAAACCAGCAUCUGUUUCAACAGAAGAUGCAAUUUAUUGGAAGAAACUAGGACUUCCUGUUCUAGUAAAAGAAUUUGGUGCCAUUGAUUACCUAGACUUUAGUCCUGUGGAACCUUAUUAUUUUGCAGCCACAUGCUCUGUUAGGAUUCAGAUCUAUGACCCUAUUACAAAAGUGGUAUCAAAAAAUAUAUCUAAAUUUGUAGAAGCGGCAUAUGGUGGAUGCUUUCGAAGGGAUGGAAGGCUCCUAGUAGCUGGUAGUGAAGAAGCAGCAGUAAAGUUGUUUGAUGUUCAAUCUAAAAAUGUGCUUAGAGUAUUUACUGGCCAUACAGGACCUGUGCAUAGAACAUUUUUCUCUAAAGAUCAGGUUAAAGUUCUCAGUUUUUCUGAUGAUAAAUCAGUCUCCUUAUGGGAUAUUGCUACAGAACAAAAAAUUGCAAAUUUUGCAGAUCACACAGAUUAUAUUAGAGCAGGUGCUCCAAGUCCUAUAUCACCUGACAUUAUCUUAUCUGGUAGUUAUGAUCAUACAGUCAAAUUAUAUGACUGUAGAUCAAACGAAACUGUUUUAACUGUAAACCAUGGCAGCCCAGUGGAAUCCACAAUAUUCCUCCCAUCGGGAGGUAUUUUUCUCAGUGCAGGUGGAACAGAAAUCAAAGUUUGGGACAUUUUUAAUGGUGGAAAGCUAUUAGCAAAUAUAUCACAACAUCAUAAAACUGUAACUACACUUAAAUUGGCCAGCAAUAACAGCAGACUUAUGUCAGCUUCAUUAGAUAGACAUGUUAAAAUAUAUGACUUAGCCACUUUCAAAGUGGUACACAAUAUUGAUUUUCCAAAUGCGAUACUAAGUAUGGCUAUUUCUGAGAAUGAUGAUGUUUUAGCUGUUGGCAUGAUUGAUGGAGUAAUUUCAAUAAGAAAAAGAGAACAACAUGAUUCUCAUUUAGAGGAAAAACGAGGCCUAUUCAAAUUUGCACCUGAUCACAUAGAAGCUAACACAGUAGAUAAUGUUGUAACAAAUCAAAAAUCAAGUAAAGGACCUGAAUUUGAAAAUUUUUUAAGGAAAAUGGAAUUCAGUAAAGCAUUAUCUGCAGUAUUAAAGAAAUUUGUAGCAACGAAGCAUCCAGAGAAAACAGUUGCUCUUCUGCAAGAACUGUUAAGAAGAAAGACCUUACAUAUAGCAAUUAAUGGCUUACAAGAAAAAGAUAUAGGAGCAUUGUUAAAGUUUUUCAAAAAAAAUCUUGGUGAAACAAGAUUUACUAGAACAAUUAUUGAUGCAGCAAAUGUAUUUGUUGAUGUUUUUGAAAACCAAAUAAAACUGUUUUCUGAACAAAAUUUAUGGCUUUAUACAUACUUGCAAGAGGAGAUUAAAGAUGAAAUUGAAGUUUGCAAACAAGUGAGUGAACUAGAGGGAGCGAUUAAUUUACUUUUUGCUGGAGCUCAAGUUGGUUUAAAUUUAGAAUCUAUCGAGUUGACUGACUCCUUAGCACCAUCAUCUAAGGCACAAAAAGAUAUUGUUAUCGAUGUU